AUGCACUCCCAACCCACACGCCGACCCUCGAAGAUUUCGUUGUUCCACCUCUUCAGCCGUCCGAAAGUGGAAAAGCAGCACGGCCACUCCGAGCCCAUACCCAAUGCUCAACCUCCGAAACAGGACAAACCCUCGCCACCAGCGUUGGUGAUUCAAGUGCCACCCACAGAUGCUGUUAUCGCGCGGCCGCCCAGCAUCGUCUCGGUCAAGACCACGGCCACCAGGACUUCGAGGAUGAGGCCGAGGGCCUUGAGAUCUCACUCCACCCAAGAUUCCAAAACGCCCUCGUUCGAGCCGCCUCCGCUCUUCCAAGUCUAUCCUCAGGCAUUAAAAGAGGGAAAGUUGGAGGUGUCUUCGAUUUCGGUGGACACCUUGAACAAGGCUAGAAGCAAGAAUUCUGGGAAACAUGGCAACCCAGAUCAAGACGACAAGACUAGUGGCGAAGCGAGAAGGACGUCAACUCCAAAACACAUCCCCGGUGGCACCACUGCCGCUGUGGAACUGCCACAGAAGAUAUUCGUUCUGGUUACUUCCGGUUAUCUGCUGCAGUAUAGCGAAUCUGGCUUGAGUGAUCGCUUGCCGGAGAAGGUGCUCCAUCUUGGCAAAGACUCCGCUGCCUUUGCCUGCGAUCUGGUUCCUGGCAAGCAUUAUGUGCUUCAGGUAUCACAAGCUGUCGACUCCAACGGUAUCAUUGUCGCCAACUCCGGCUCCAUUCUGGCGAGGCUUGGAUUACAAAGCGCUGCGGCAAAGCGGAUGGCAUCGAGCCUGCUGCUGGUCAUGCCCGAUGCGGCGGAGAUGGAAUCCUGGAUGUUGGCCAUCAAACGAGAAAUCGAGUCACUCGGCGGUAAGAAAGUACAGAAGGCCGGCCGCGCCGGAGCGCAGUCGAACGUGCCGGAGCUGCCGCAGCUGAGCAAGACCUUGAGCCAUCGAUACCAGAUCAAGAGGCAUCCGAGUAUGAUCUCGAGUAUGCCCCCAUCUCCCAAUCCCGACCCAACGCUGGCUUCAUUCCCCUCAGGAAUAGUGGACGACGAUCGAUCUGACACGGCUACCAUUGACGACAUCGAGCUCGAAGCCGCAAAGCUGGACAACCAUGAGGAAUGGCCUCAGCUCGUGUCCCAGGCGUCUUUCGAAUUUCCGGAAAUCGUUCCUCCACCCUUGGUAAUUGUCGGGCAGCCGCAGCACGGUGCUGAGCAAAACAUCUCCACCGACACCACCAUGGCUUCAUCGAGCGAUCAGGAGCGAGAGACUACAGCUAGCACGGCACCCGAUGAUGAAGGGAAUGCCUCAAUGCAAGCUAUUCCCACAUCUCAAACAACACCCACCGCAUCGAGCGAGAAUAGCAUGACAGCAGACUUGCCCGCGAGUGAAGCUCAGAGUCAGAGUGGGGUCCGCAAAGCAGCGCCGCCACCACUGUCACUGAACUCAUGGGCACUCAAGCGAGCAGACUCCCCACUGGUGGCGGAAUCUCCAGUACUGCCGCAUAUGCCCAUUCUACCACGAAGGAAUCCCAAACGAGUGACGAAUUCCUUCAGCGAGCCAGACUUGCAGGCUACCAUGAUCAAAAGAACCAGACACGACUCGAAACUUCCCCCCUACCUGCCGCAGCCAUUGCUAGCAGAGGGCGGCGUCUCUAGAAGUCCUGACAACGCUUUGGAGUCAGCAGCGUCGACCGGCUUGGCUCUUCCCCAAAUCAUCAAUACAGGAAACUCCGUGGUCAAGGCGAAUGAGCCGGGUAAAGUGCGCAAAGUGGCCUCCUUCUCCGUGCCGUUGAGGGUCAAUCCCUCCGCCAUACAAGGCAGCCCGCAUGGAGGAAACGUCAGGCGUCACUCUCGCAUGGAUGAGUCGCCGAACCGAAACAGUGGACUGGCGGUGCACGCUCUCACUCCACCGGAAGAACCGGCCGCGGUGCCUCACGAUACGAGCGCCCACUCGGCGCCAUUGUCUACAUCUCCUCCCGUCCGCCUGUCACUAUUCCCGAGCAAAGAAUCAUCGUUGCCACCGCCUGGUCAUGUCAAAAGAACGUCUUUCGUAACCGCACAGCAGUCUACAACAGCCCCAGAUUCCUCAAACAGCGGAUCCAUGCGCCGACCCAUGAGCUUGCAAGCUGGCUCGGGUCACCCUCCUCACCUCUCGUCUGCACGCAACUCUGUCGGAGCCUCAAUUCCACCGGCCACAGGCGCCACAGUACCAAUCCGCAGCAUGAAGCCCUCGCGCUCAGCAAGCAAUCUCGAAGCCCUCUCCUACCGCCAAUCUCAACUGCUAGCCUUCAAGGCCUUGAAAUUCGACACGCCUACGCUGGCCGAAGAAGCAGAAGACGCCGAAGGCGAAAAGGCAGACGUGUCGAUGCCGCUGCCCAUCGAGCAUCACACCCACGUCUCGAGCGUGCAUUCGUCCCGACGCAACUCUUCGGCGAGGAGAAGCACGAGGAGCCGCACGUCGCUCGCGGACCUCGAUCUCAACAUUGCCAUGGCGAAGUUUGGGCCGCCGGCGCCGCCGCCUCAGGCGCCGCUUCCUGAUCCGCCGGCUGCUUCGAGGAGUGAUAGUCCGAUUCGCAUGCACAGGAAGAGCGGCAGUGUUGGUUCACUGAAAGGGCUUGGUAUUAGUGUGUCGUAG